CAUUGAUUGAUCAAAGUAGUUGAAUUUUUAUCUGAGAUCAAUUGUUACAGUUAUAGAUUGGACGGGAGGUCACUAAACAAUUUCAUUUUUGUUAUCAAAUUGAAAGCACAAGAAAGUUAAGGUUUACACAAUCGAGAAUUUGCAUUGCAACAAGCAAGUUAAAAUUAUCAAAGUAAAAGAUUUAUUGAACAAAGGCAUUUGCCUUUGGUGUGACCACACCACAAACUAAAAUUAUAUCAACCAAGACUCGUACAACGACACAGUGGAAUCCAGCGAAAUGGAUCCAAAUUACGCGACAUCUUAGCAAAUUCUCUUCCUGGUGGAGGCAACGCACAAGUUCGCGAAACGCUCCAUAACAUCGCUAGCUACCGUACUUGGUGUGAUUUUACUCCAGCAUAGAGAAAAUAUUACAAACAACUCCUUCCCCCUCUAUAACCAUAUUUAUAUACCCGUUUUUCUUUAUCCUUACACACCUAAUUAAUACAACUGGAUAAAUAUGUGUCCAACUGACCACCAAAGUUAUUUUAUAAUGGCAUACUACCUCGGCUAGUCGUCAAUAACGGCUGCUACAUUUUUAAACUACAACAAAUAUCCAAAGACGCAUUACUACAUACACAACUUGAGAGUGUGCGUUCGACAGUGGGUCCAACAAACCUAUAUUCUUAUGAGGAACAGCAAGCAAUACAUUUACACAACAUUUUUUAUAUAUUUGUAGCCAGAUAUUUUAUUUUUGGCAUAACUAAUUUCACUACGCUCAUUGAGCAUACCUCGAGAGAAUAAUCUUUCUGUGCGUGUCAUUCAACGCAUUUCACAAAUUCCCAAAGACAUUUUGUAAUACAACUGCGAAAAUGCAACGCUGGUUUUUCGCUGAUGAGGCCGAGGAUUGCGAUGCCUUGGCGGCGGCGGCGGCGGCAUCAACGUCAUCAGUAGAGGUGCUGCAACCUGCCACGCCGAUACAUGUAAAUUGGAAAUUUUGGGUGAGAAUAAAUCAUGAGAUUGCACCGAAUGAGCGCCUGGCCAUUGUGGGCAGCACCGAACGUCUGGGCAAUUGGCAGUUUAGCGAGUGCAUAAUCAUGAUGAGAGAAACUGACACGAAUAAUUGGUACAUCUACGUUAGCAUACCGCGUGACACACGCACUGAAUACCGUUACAUAGUGGUUGCAGUCGAUCCGACGGCGGAAAAAACGAUUGUACGCAACUGGGAGGCACAUCUGAAGCCACGUUCUAUCAUACCCGGUGUCAACCGUCCGCCUAGGGAAUGUGAUGAGGAAUAUGGUUACGUAAAUGGUGUUGAAAAAGUGGACCGCGGCUGGGUGACGUCCGAGACAAUUGUACAAUUGAAAUUUUUCAAUGCACCUUUCACAUGGAAACAACGUAUGAAGCGGCGUCUAAUCUUUGUUAAAGUCACACCAAUGAACCUGACGAUACCGCAUGGUGGUAGUGCUGGGGGCGGCGCAGGUGAUUACCAUACAUUUUCACAGCUGGAAGAUUCACUUUCGAGUGAUACGCAUGACACGCGUGAGAAUGGUGCAGAUCUUAGCACCGCCUUCGCUUUCAACGAAGUAGCGGUCUUAAAAGAUGACGAAUUCGUUAUAAAAGCGCAACCACAAUUCGGUACAGCUUGUGGUCCCGAUGACGUAGUAAUUUUCCAUUUGACAAUCGGCGAUUUCGAUAGUACCGCCUAUCUCAUUGACUUAUACUCGUACAGCUCCAAAGCGGCUAUGGAUGAACCACCUUACCAUCUCGGUUAUCAUUAUGUAUUGCCAAAUUUACUUAAACGUUCUGAUGGCAAUCUGGAAGUGCCCAUAACAUGCGCGACACGACAUCGGCCAAUGGGCAUGAUGCAAAUCGGUUAUUUACUCGUAAAGCCAACGAAGUGUAUUAAGUUGGAUAUGGAGCUCACAUAUACGCGCUAUUGGAACCCCAAAUGGGCUGGUUUGGAUGUCGGACAUCGCGGUUCUGGCACAAGUUUCAAAACGAAAGACUCGGUGAUACGCGAAAACACAAUUACUUCGUUGAAGAAUGCCGUCGAACAUGGCGCCGAUAUGGUUGAGUUCGAUGUACAGUUGAGCAAAGAUUUGGUGCCGGUGGUCUAUCAUGACUUCAUGAUCUAUGUAUCGCUGAAAGCGAAAGGCAGUUGCAAGCCAAAUGAUUUUCUAGAGUUACCAUUGCGUGAGCUAACCUUGGAUCAAUUGAAUAAUUUAAAGGUUUAUCACACACAAGAGGGCCGUACACGCGAGGAGCGUUGCUUUCACAACGACGAUCAAUUGGAGCAUCAACCAUUUCCAAGUCUUGCAGACGUUUUAGAUGCCAUCAAUCCACAUGUUGGCUUCAACAUAGAAGUGAAGUGGUCACAACGGCUCAAAGAUGGCAGCAUGGAGGAGGAAUUCGAGCACACCAUCGAUCGUAAUUUGUAUGUGGACUGCAUAUUGAAUGUGGUAUUCCGUAAGGCUGGCAAUCGACGUGUUGUAUUCUCAUGUUUCGAUCCCGAUAUCUGCACCAUGUUACGCUACAAGCAAAAUCGUUAUCCGGUUAUGUUCCUCACCAUCGGUGAAACGACCAAAUAUCAAAAAUACUUAGAUCCACGUGGCAACACCAUUGAAAUGGCUAUAUACAAUUCACUAGCCAUGGAAUUGCUGGGUAUUGUGGCGCACACUGAAGACUUGCUGCGCGAUCCCACGAAGGUGAAUUUAGCUAAAAGCAGCGGCUUGGUCGUCUUUUGCUGGGGUGAUGACAAUAACUGUAAGGAUACCAUAAAAUUCCUCAAAGAAUUGGGCUUGCAUGCCAUUAUUUAUGACAAAAUGGAUGUGCUCACCAGCAAAGAAGUGAAGCAAAGCGUAUUCCUGCUGCAAGCCAAGGAGAGUCAAAAUGAAAUACUCAAACUACAAGCGCUGGAGCGUGGCAAACUGUGGCAUGACAAUAUACCGGUGGUGCAUAAAAAGCACUAAUAACUCAAGACCCAGACGCAGUUGAUAUUAUAAUUAAGUUACAUUUGAAGCAGUUGCUAAAUUCAUGCAAUAAUUGAAAUUAUAAAAAAAAAUUAAUAAUAAUUCGCCAGAAAUUAACACUUUCAAUCAUCUCUACCAAAUUCUGUUCAUAUAAAUAUAUAUAUUUAAACUAGUAAUGCGUAAUUUUAGUAGUGUAAUCACUUUUUUUAUAAAUCACAAUACAUAGUGCAUAUAUGUUCAAAUUAGUAAAUAUUUUUCAUUAUUUUUUACUUUUUUUAUAUAAUCCAGUUAGUAAAAAUUAAAAACAAAUUAUGACAGAAAUUAUAACACUUUGAAAUUCAACUUGCCACUUAAAUGAAUGUCUGUAUGUAUUUUAAUUAUAGCACAUCAGUUUAUACAUUACUGACGCUGUGCGUAUUUGUUAUUAUAUAAGCUUAUAUGUGGCGUUUUGUAUUCUAUUCGGUGCCUUUCGAAUAUUGUGUGCACAACAACAAAUUUAGUAAAUCUAUUUGAAAUUAUAAACAAAGGCGAAAAUUUGAACAAUAAAAAUAUAUAUGUAAUUAAAAGUAAGCAGAGAGGUAACCAAAAAAAAAAUUGUAGCAAGACCCGAGAAGUAAAAUUUGAGACUUCAUAGAAAAAUGUAGCAAAUAAAUAAUGAUAAUAAAUAUUAUUGAAAUUACAUAAAACAA